GGAAAGGAGGCGGGGCCGCGGCGGCGCGCGCUCCCGGAACGCGCGCGGGCGCAGGCGGCGCGGAUCGCAGGGAGCCGGUCCGCGGCCGGAACGGGGUCCCCCGUGUGCGUGUGGAACGGGGCUCGGGGCAGACGGUCGCGAUGAACACGGUGCUGUCGCGGGCGAACUCGCUGUUCGCCUUCUCCCUGAGCGUGAUGGCGGCGCUCACCUUCGGCUGCUUCAUCACCACCGCCUUCAAAGACCGGAGCGUCCCGGUGCGGCUGCACGUCUCGCGGAUCAUGCUAAAAAAUGUAGAAGACUUCACUGGACCUAGAGAAAGAAGUGAUCUGGGAUUCAUUACAUUUGAUAUAACGGCUGAUCUAGAGAACAUAUUUGAUUGGAAUGUUAAGCAAUUGUUUCUUUAUUUAUCAGCAGAAUAUUCAACAAAAAAUAAUGCUCUCAACCAAGUAGUCCUUUGGGACAAGAUUGUUCUGCGAGGUGAUAAUCCAAAGCUGCUGUUGAAAGAUAUGAAAACAAAAUAUUUUUUCUUUGACGAUGGAAAUGGCCUCAAGGGAAACAGGAAUGUCACUUUAACCCUGUCUUGGAACGUUGUACCAAAUGCUGGAAUUCUACCUCUUGUGACAGGAUCAGGUCAUGUAUCUGUCCCAUUUCCAGAUACAUAUGAAAUAACGAAGAGUUAUUAAAUUAUUCUGAAUUUGAAGCAACAUAUUUUUAUACUUAAUCAUAUCUCAUUUUUCUCUUCCCUUGUAUCUUCAUUUGUUUUUUGGUUGUUCCUUUUUUUGGGGGGGGGCAUAAGACUAACAUCAAAAGGCAUAUUUGAAAGGUUAAUGUGCUAUUUAGACUCAAUUUUACAAACAAAACACACACAAAAGAAGGCCACCAGAGUGGAGUAUUAUAAAAAUAAGACAACUACAUAAUAAAGAUUUGUAACAAAUUUAUCUUGGAGAUAUUCCCUGUAUGUCCAUGAUUCUUUAUGGAAUAGAAAGUGAGCAUGAAGAGUUGUUAAAACUUUUAGGCGCCUGUGGAGUUAUGAGAAUGCUAUUUUAUGCCUUGCAUUCAUGCAGGUUCACAUCGGAUGUGAUUCAGAAGCGGACAUUGUCUUUGAGGGUGUGUCUCAUUACUGGAAGCAUUAAGAUGGUUAUUUGUGAGACACUGGUUUAUAAAACAGCCAAGAGGGACAGGAUUUUGCUCCAUUUGUCUUAGGAAUGCCCCAUGAUGCUUGGUUUUCUUACAGGUGACGAGCAACCUUCUCCACUUAAAGACUAAAUACCUCUUUAUAAGCUGGAAAUCAUUCUAACUCACUUUAAAGUCUCUUAAGUCAACCAAAUAUGUGUGUCUCAGUGCUUUCUCUAAAAUUGUUCCUUUGUAUUAUAUCUUUGUGUGAAUUUUUAGCAUUGCCAUUGAAAGUUGAGAACGUUUGCAUGGUUUACCUUCUGAGUUAAGUUUGUUUUCGUGAGCAUGCCUCGUGCCACUGAGUGGUAAUUAUUUAAAAUUUUUUGUAGGUCCCCAUUUUAAUAAUUAUUGCGGUAAUAAUAAUCAGUAUUUGUUGGUGUGCUUUUCCACUUAGAAGCACUCUCAUAUGUUUUACUAUGUGUUCUCCUCGAUAAUCUAAUGAGGUAAGUAGUUCGAAUGUGAGGUCUUUGCAGAUGAAGAAACUGACACCCGGAAGUUUAUUGAAUUGCUUUGCGGUUACCUAGCAAGGAAGGGAGUUAAAAGUUCCCUCAGAUUAAUUCUCUAAGCCUGUCCUUUCUCCUGUAGCUCUGAUUACCGGCUAAUCAGAAUUCACUUACAAUUUUCAUUAUGUUUUCUGUGACCCUGGACCCUCUUUCGGCCUCUCCUUAAAGCGGUUUCCCAUCCUGUAUGGAAGUGACUAAUUUUCAGGCUGCCAACAACUUCUACAGAGAGGAUCUCUCGUUUCAUUCUCUGCAUAAAUUAAUUUUACUUUGUGAAAAGUAGAAGAAUCCAAAUGUAUAUAGAAAUAAUUUAAAUGCAGAAUAAUACACGGUUGAAUAUAUGACCAUAUUUAACAUGAUUUUUUUCUUACUGUGAACAAAUAAAUGUCCUCAAGGAAUCAAGUACAAAUCAAUUACCCUUAAAAGCAAGACCAGACACUGUAGUUACACUCUCAGCAGUAACCAAAAAGGGCUAGUGUUUUCUAAGAAUAGGUUUCAGCUAACAGUUGUUCCAUUUACCUCCUAUGAAACACCUCCCCGUUUCCUUACAUUGGUUUUAGCGGUCACUGUGUGUGAUCCCGUGGUUUGUGUCAAAGGUUGCAGGUGUCUGAUCACCAAUACCAGAGUGGGUGUGGCCCCCAGCUUCUUCAUUCAGCUGUUCAGGGUCUCGGUUUCUUUAUCUGUAAGACGGAGUUGGAGAGUCCUUAACUUAAACAGUGGUUCUUUUAUAACCACAGGAGUCUGAAAUGCGUUUUAUCUGUUCAGCAGAGACUGAACAGAAAAGCCCUUUAGUAAUGUGACGACAAGAAGGCGACCAGAAGACUAACACACAACUGUUCCUCCUGAUUUGACUUUAUUUCUGUUAGAGUUUAUACCCAGAAAAUUUAACUUUCUGUAGUUUGUACAGAUACUACACGUGGAAGCGUAGUAUCCGUAGGUGUCUCGGCUGAACCUCAGGGUGCAUCCGUGAAGGCGGGCACCACAAUAAGCCUGCGGUUCCAACCAGGUGCAGGCGCCCGUGUGGUGGUUCCCUACACCUCUGUGAUGGCGCACGUGUUAGGUUGCCGGAGAUGAAUGUUGAAGUUCACUUGAGUUGAAGUUUAUUUGACCGUUCGCCUGCUUCUUUGGAGUUGGGUGAGGAAGAGGAGCAGAAAGAUCCCAGUAGCACAAUGGUUAGGUUUUGGUUUUUACUGAACUUCGGGCAACUGCUCAGGACAAGAAUGCUCCAACGUGGGAAUAAGAAACCUCUGUCUCAGGAACUCAUUUUUGGGUCGCACGGCUUUGUUGGUUGACCGUGAUUCUUCAUGAAAACAGAUGGCCUUGUGUUCAGUUUGAUCAGCAUAUCAUCUACCUUAGUGUCUGUGUUUUCAAGAAGUCUUACGAAGUCCAAGGCUUCAGAUUGAACAGAAACCUAAGUGUUAGAAAUGUCUGAGUCCAGAGAGGAUCUUGGGAAAGGAGAACGAUUGCGAGAAACGUACCUAAAAGAAUUCUGGUUAGAAGCCAAGUAAUUUGCAGUUCGCUCACAUCGUCCUUUUCUGUAGCAGGUUAGCCUGGAGAAGCUCUGUCGGUGCUUUUUUAUUUCCCCAGUUGAUUACAUUUGGUUUCUUGAUGCUUAAAGGAAAAUAACGGAACACUGACACUUCAGAAAUUACUAAGGGUGUAAUGGGAAAGUGGGUGAUUGUAAAUUUCCUAUUUUGGAAUUGUUUUACAGUUCUUUGGUGGGUCUGGCCGACUUAGUAAUAGCACGAAAAUGGGUCUUUAAGGUUGUAUCAGACAUUUUUCCCCCAAUAUUCUAUCUAAAGCUUCGUGAUUGAAAGCUCUGGGUCUUUGAGGUAUAGGUUACUGGAGGUGCUAUUUUAUAAUAUUUUGAAUUGACGUGAGAUGAGUGUAGGGAGAAAAACCGUAAGCUGUGAACUUUGGUAGUAAAACAACACCUAUUUGUUUCAGACACUUUGCUUUUAGGAGAGAGCCCGUGUAUGUUCUGUGUGACUGCCAGUGGGUUUAAAGAGGUCUCUUUCAAAAGUUGCACGUUUUGAAGCGAUUUAGGAAAUUGUUUACAAAUAACAGAUUCGUAAGAAAAAAAUUCAUGAAAAUACUGAAGAUGUGUUUGAGGAUUUUCGUAAUUGCAAUAGACAGCCUUUUUUUCUAAUGAAGAUGAAUUUUGUUUACGAGUAAAAGUGCAUUUUAAAAGACUUUCAGAUACAUGCUUUUUAUGUCAAGCUGCUGAACUAGAAGAAAAUGAAGCCAAGUCGAGUAAACUUAAGUUCUUUAUUAUUUUUUUUUUCUUUUUGUGGGGUGGGUGGUGGGGGGAGGUUAUUUACAUCUAAAAUAUCUUCUCCAGACACUGUAUGCUCCUUUCCUAGACUGUAAGCUCUUUGAGGGCAGGCCUGUCGGAUUUGUCUUUGUAUCUUUCCCCGCGCCUAGCACAGUGCCUUGCACGGAACAGGCGCCUAAUAAAUACGGAUGAUGAAUG